AUGGCGACAACAACACAAGGAACAGUUUGCAUCCAAUGCAAGAAAACGAAGGGUAUUGUAACAUGUAAAGGAUGUUCAAAAGAUUUUUGUCUUGUUCAUAUCAAUGAACAUCGUAAUAAAUUAAGCGAACAAUUAGAUAAAACUGAAGAUCAAUUCAAUGAAUUUAAAGCUGAAAUUGAUGAACAAAAAGCUGAACUACAAACACAUAAAUUAAUGAAACAAAUCGAUGAAUGGGAACGUGAAUCGAUCGAAAAGGUUCGACAAGUGGCCAAUGAAGUUCGUCAUGAACUCUUACCGUGUGUCAUCACAUUUUUCACUGAUCUUGAUUUUAAAUUCAAACAAUUGACACAACAAAUCAUUCAAUGUCGUAAAGAAAAUGAUUUUUCCGAUCCAGAUAUUCAAAUUUUCAAUGAAGAACUUAAACGAUUAAAAGACAUUCUCAGCAAUACACCAGAUAUCAAAAUUGAACAUGAUUCAACAUCUUUCAUUAAUAAAAUUCGUCUUGCAAUGAAAGGUAAAUAG